AUGGUGAAACAAAUGGAAUAAUUGGAACAAACAGAGGCAGAAGUAUUCAGUUCAAAGAUAGAUGCUAAAGAAUCAAAGAAAAUUUAAAUUUUAAUGAAUUUCUAUGGUUUAGGAGGACAUCCAGAAUUUUUAUAUAAUAUGAUUCUAAAUUUCUCAUUUGUUGGAGGCUAAACUUUUCUGGUAAAAUUACUGAUAAAACUUGACUAUAAGCCUCGACUAAUCGUUAUGUUCAUUCCACUUAUUAUUUUACAAAUUGCCUUGCCUUUUAUUGUUUAGUACAUUGAGAGCAAAGCUAGUUGGAACGUCUCUAUACUUUUUAUGGUAUUAAUUGGUACCUUCAUGGGAAAUAUAAUUUCUACUUUUUGUGGCAUUGGUGGAUUACUUGGACCUUAAUACAUGGGUUCAUAUUUUUAAGGAUUAUCUUUAAGCUCAAUCUUUGCGUGUAUUUUAAGGCUGAUUUGCUUGCUUUUAUUUGAUUCUUCCAACGAAUUAUCAUACUUUUAUUCCACUCUGCUUUAUUUUUCAUUGAAUGCAGUUAUCCAGAUUAUUUUAUGUCUAACCUUGCCUUUAAGUCAUGUAAAGCAGCAUUUAUUCCUUGACAAAGUUUAAAGUGAAACUUAACCUUAGAAACUAGAAACUAGAGAUAUUAAAGAAGAAGAAGUUGCAGUUAAUACUAAUUAAUAAGAUGAGAUCGUUUAUUUUAAAGAGGACUUACAAGCUGAUUAAUUGUCAGAACGAAAUAUUACCAAUGAUUAAAAAGUCAAUUAUAUUACAAUAUAUAAGAAAAUUUGGGUGGAGACAACUUUUGCCUCUUUUACUUUUCUUCUGACAUACUUAUUAUUUCCAGGCAUUAUAUUUCAAGGAGGCAUGACUAUUUCUUCAAAUUUUGUGUGGAAUAUAUUUUAUUAUAAUGCUUCAUUCAAUGUUGGAGAUUAUUCUGGACGAUUUCUAGCCAAAUUAAAAAAGCAAUACGGAAGAGUAUUCAUUAUAAUUGGCGGCUUGCUUAGAUUGAUAUGGAUUGCAUCAACCUUUAUCAUUGCGUUUAACCAUUAAAAUAUCUUUUGGGGCAAUAAUGCUGUCAUUGUGAUUAAUUGCUAUUUGUUAGGCAUGACUCAUGGAUUUUUAGGAGCUUGCUGCAAUUAAAGUUUUGGUGGCAGACUUGAAAAUCAUGAAAAAGAGCACGGAGGAUUUAUGAUUUCAGUACUUCAAAGCUUAGGAGUCGCUUUUGGAUCUCUUAUUAGUCUAGUUGCUUUUAAAGAUAUGUUUUGA